AUUUUUGUCUGAGUAUCGUUGCGUGGAGCCCGGUCAUUGACAGGUCCUAGCUGUUACCGUAUCGAUUAUGUUGAAGGUAGAGGGAGAUGAAGAAGAAGCAGCCACCUUACCCUCGCAAUCUUCUACGCUUCCCUCCUCUUCUACAUUUCCAAUUCCAUGCCACCAUCUCUCUUCUUCUUUUUUUUCUUCUUAAACAUAACUUUCGUUUCAGUCAAUUCAAAAACUAACUAAUUUUGGUUUUGAAAUUGAAUUUUAGCUUCCACCUUGUCAUGGAUUUCGUAUAUUGCAUGCCAGCGGUAUCAAUGGUUUCUCAAACAUUUGCUGCUGAUCAUUUCUUUAUCAGUUGGGUAUCUCGUAAUCAGUGUGGGCUACUAGAAUUUUUAUAGUAUAAUGUAGCGACGGAAGAAGGAUUUUUAGUAGGAAAAAUAUCCAUGGAAUAUCCGUUUAUUCUUUAAUCAGGUAUGAUCAUCAUCACCAUCAUGAUCACAAGGACUUGAGGAGAUGGAGGAGUAGGACCACUGCUGCUGCUUCUGCUUACCCUCUCUUUUCCAAUCCUAAAGCCUCUUCUUCUCGUCACAAAUUUUACCAGGAGGCUCUAAAGACUGCAAGGGACAAGUUCGCUCGGGAGAUCUCCUUCCAGUCUGAAGAUAAAGACGUCUCUCUUGCUAAGGCUUUGCUUUAUGUUGCAGCUGAAGAUGAGACAUUCAUGGUUUUUAACCGAGAGAUGGAUGCUUGUUCAUUCCUCAAUGAAGGGAUAGAUGUUUGUUCGUCAUCUAAUGCCAGAGAGUGGGAUUCCGUGGAGCAGAUGCCUUUGGAUGGAAAGACCAUAUCUGAAUGGCUGAGUGAACUGGAUGCAAUUGCAAAAGAAGUUGAAGCAGAGCUAGUUUCAAGGGACAUAGGCUGCCAUCUGGUUGAAGUUUUGCAGGCAGUCAAUUUAGUUCUUUUUGAGUUAAGAGGCUUUAAAAGAUCCCCUGUUCUUGUAGAUUCUAAGCAUUCAUACUUACACUUGGUGCUGAGUUCUGGAUGUGGCAGUGCAAUUUUGCUUAGCAUAAUUUACAUUGAAGUUUGUCGGCGGCUUGGUCUAACUAUCGUGGGGUCUCGAGUUGGGGAAGAUUUUUUGAUAUGGCCCCAGACAACAUACCCCGAGGAGCUCUUCAAAGUGACUUCAGGACACAGCUUGUUCGCUGUCGUCAAUGGAAGGUGUGUUGAGGACCCUAGAUCAAUGGCAUCGGAUUUAACUGGUUCAUCACUUUUAGGGCUUGAGAUAGCUUCAAACCGUGAUAUUGUUGGGAUCGCUCUAGCCAAUUUAAUUAGGUUUCACUGGAAAUGUGCUUCGAGAUCAAAUCUUGGUUUGAUGCUAACUUCUCCCCUUAGGCAUGCUCAUAAUGCCGAUGAGAAACCUAACAAGAUCGAUAAACCAAAUGUCCCUUUGUUGCGGCCUCAAGAUCUUAAGCUAGCUAUCAUGGCUUCAGAAAGAUUGUUGAUUCUGCAGCCACAUAAUUGGGCACUAAGGAGAGACCAUGGCAUGAUGCUGUACUAUAAUAGGGAGUAUGGCAAGGCAGUGCAAGAGCUUAGCAUCUGCAUGGCCUUUGCUCCAGAAGAAGAGGCGGAGCUUCUUGAACCAUUUGUUGAGAAAUUACACUUAAUGCGGCUGGAAUCAUCAUGGAAAUCUUUGGGACACACAGCUAGCAUGACGGUUAAAUGAUAUUUGGAUAUUAUAACCUUGUAUCUCUCAAAUCCUUAUUGACCGAAUAUAGUUCCAUGGAUGAACUCUGAGACUGAUUAACAUGGCUUUUCUUAGUCACAUGAACAGAUGAACUCCAAGGUAUAGAAAUGUAUUGGAGAUCUGUAAGCAGAUUCUAAGUUGAAUACUCCAAACAAGAGGGCACGCAUUCUGUGUGUUCAUGUGCCACAUUUGUUGUUGUAACAUGAAGGAACGAGGAACCCAAUCAAAUUAUAAGUUGAAAUGGCUAUGUAUGGAGCCGUUAGGAUA